UCCCGGAUCUCAAGAAGCCAAUGCAUGCGAUGGAGCCCAGAAACAGAUGCGAUAACAAAACGUUCUGGGCAUUUUAGCCUCCUGCACGGCAAAAAACGGCUCUUCAUCGAAGAUGCUAGCAACAGUGUGUACAAACGACUUUUUGAAUAAACUCUGACUCCCUGAAGAACCAACUCAAACUAUUGUGACUCUACCUACGAUCGUUACGUGGCUGCGUGACACUAUUUGCAUUGACUGCUGUCGUAUUGAUGACAUGAUUCUUCGUGAGCUUUCCCUUCUGACUACCACAGUCAGAUCAAUCUGAUAUGCCUUCGUUCGCCGUACGCUGCCGGCAGUUUUGCUCUUUUUUCCCGGUGUUUGCGUUUCGCGCCGCAGUUCUUUCCAAGGGCGUUGAAAUUGACAAACAGAUACGCGUACGAAUAUGUUUUUAUGCACUCACACUGUAAGCGUAGAAGAAUUACCACAGCAGAGGUUGGCCGCCGACGUCUCUCAGCUUCUACAGUCGUCUUCGACGGUGCUUCAGUGAUUCAUCAAGCGUAGUGGAGUAAUUCGGAUACUUGCCCCCACAUUUGCUAAAGGAGCAGUCGUGGAUAACAGGGCAGAGAGGUGUCCAAGAGAUCAGUGCCCGCCUGACCUCUGUAUCGUACCAAGAGGCGACUCACCCGCAUAUACAAUUCCUUUCUUCCGUUCCACCACCUUGAGAAUCAUCCGCACGAUUCUCGAGAGCUAUGGCGGGGACAUCCCCAUCACAACGUGGUGGGCACGAAUGCUCUCCCAAAAUGACGGCUUCUCCAAGAGGAAACAGCCAUCGCAGAACGCGGCCGUUCGGUGACAUCUCUUGUGGCGGUGCUUUGAGAAACACGGUGGGAAAGAAAGACAGUCACAACUCCAUUUCCCUAGACGACGGAAAGAGCCUUGCUGGUCGACAUGACUUGGCGAACACUGGCGAUCUGGGGCUAGAUGAACGGAGUAGCCGUCUUGUCGACACCAGUUCGUGUCCUUUCCCGUCAGACCAACUGGCCAGCAAGACGUUUGAACAGUCACUUCAAGAUUUCUGCCAAACUCUCAAUCCUCUAGGUACCUCGCGAACAGCGACACAGACAUUAGAGAGCAGAACACGAACGUCUUCCCUGAGAGUAUACAGCACAGCGCGAAUGGAUUGAGCGGAGGCCAAUUUUUGCUCUCAGACUGAUAGAUUACAGACAUCCUCGUUUGGCAAAAUAUAGCACAGCUCACCAGCACUAUCACCAAGCAUUUAGCUUCCGGACGUGUACCCUGCAUGUGCUUCUCUCGGGAAAACGCUUCUUUGACUCUGAAAGAGCCGGCCACCUGCCUAACACUAUGAAUGAUUCAUGGAUCUCCGCUGCACUCCGCUCUAUUCUUCUCAGUAGGAAGGGCGAUCGUUUGAGACGCUUGCUAUACCAAUUACACAAGGAGCGGUGCAGUCACCGUAGAGGUCCAAGUACCACCUGCGACGGUCGUUCCACAACACCUGCUAGGUGAUCACUCUUCGGUCACCUUAAGUAUAGGAAAGCACUGUGAAGAAAAACAUACGCACCGUCACCUUACCCCAGAACCAUGCAAGCCAAAAUAAAUUACUCGUUUUUCCGUGGUAUGAAGCAAAUGAGAACGGGAGCUCUCCCCAGCCUUGCAAAGGCGGCUUCCGGGAAGCGAUUUCUCGUCUUGCAAAUCAGUCAUCUAUCACAUGCGUAGCAGUAACAGAUUGAACGGUUGCAGUGCUGUCCUCGUCAGCCGAUGUGCCGUUCAUUCUGCGGUGGUUCGUGCGCUUCUCCUGCUAGUCGAUCUCUACCUAUUCCGAUGUAAAAGAUACCUUGUUAGCGGAAACGGUAUACUCUAUGCUUCGGAGCAAGUUUUGACCAGACGGUCUUUUUUUCACAUUAACCAGGGCUGCAUGUACCGUUCCUGAAACAAGAAUUUCCAGGGAAUGCAUGAAACGAAAGUGUGCGAAAGAAGUUGCAACUCAUGCAAUGCAUACCGAGCACUUUUUCAUCUGGACGGAACAACCUGGUGCUUUCCACGCAUCUUUACAGGUAAAGCCAUGGAGUUUGUUCAUUCAGAUCUCGCUGCUAUGGCGAAGGAAAUGGCGUCCAUCCGCUCGCGAUGUCGCGAACAAGAAGUCCAUCUGGAGACGGAGCAGGCGGCAUCGCGGGACCUGCUGGACCGUGAGAUUGAACAGCUCGACAGGGUACGGACUCAAAUAAUACAAGAAAAACAAAAAAUUGCGUCGCUGGAGAAGCAGAUCCUGCACACACAAGAGAAAAUCAAGUCAUUACUUCUUUUCGUGGCCGAUCCAGAAGCCCGAAUGCAGGAGAUCUCGAACUGCUCUACGCCCAGCGAAUGAUAAAAACUCGUCUAACCCCGCAGGAACUGUGUUGAACAAAUCCAGGGCCAAAAACUUUAGUGAAGCAGGCCUCGGUAAAAUCUCUAUCGAAAAUAUGAGAGGCGACGCUGCUUUUCCUCUCGGCAGCGACCGAGAGGAACCAUCCUACGUUUUUCGUCCACUAUUAUAAAAGAGACAUAUGUAAAGAACCACAUUUAAAUACAUUGUCUCCUGCUCCAAGCAGCUCUAAAGGCGGCUACGCAUGUGCAGCCUCGAAUGACCGCAGCGAUGACAACUCACAACUAGCGAGUCUCCCGGGACCGUCAGUGUGUGUUGGCAAGUGUGGAAAAUCAGGCUGCCCGCUCUCGUCUUCGUUAAACCAUUUUAUAAGGCCUUCUAGGUAAACGUGAUAGUGUUUAGGAAACGCAGACAAUACUUUCGCUACACUGCACCGGUCACGUCGGGGGACGCCUGCUGACUCAGUCUCCUAAAACGGGGUGCAACACAGAACCCCAUUCUGCUGCCUCAGAAAAGAUUUAAGAAGCCACGGAAGUCGCGCCAAGUAGCAGGACGUCUCGCUGAUCGAGUCUUGAUCGUUCCAGAUGCAUCCACCCAGCAAAAAGGUUCGAGAUUGGAGAUGCCUCCUCUCCAAUACAUAGAGCCCCUUUUGACGUGCGACUUCUCUUCUGUUGAAGCGGCUUGGGAGCCACUAUGUCUUUCCUUUUUCUGGAGUGGUAAACACCGACCUACUUUUCAGCAGAAUUCCAGAUGUUCGCGUCUCGUGUUCCUUUCUGUUCGCGCGGCAGCUCUUCCCAGAGAAAGUGCUCGUUGCUGCACACGCUGUCAGCUUCAUGACUACAAGUCUUCCUGUGUUGUCUGUCAGCAUCCCACCGAGACGAAUCUAUGACCUUUGUCAAACCUAAGCGCCACCUGUUUUUAUGUUCAUGCCAACUAGAGAAAUUUCAUCCCUCAUUACACAAACCCAACGCUACCAAAGUAUGCGCUGACCCUACAUGCCAUGCAUGUAAGGAAAGGUAGCCAAAACUCGUCAGUCAGUUUCUUGCCGGGGUACUCCUCGCUGCUUCUCAGUGUAUCCCCAGUUCAAUUCGUGGAGGAUUUCCCAACGUUUGUCGAAAAUUGAGUUCACACGCAGUGAAUCUUCCAGUUUCAGCUGCACUGUUUGCCUAUAGUGGUCCUCUCCGGUGCCCGCGCAGCGGCUGCGGCGUUCACUCAACAACCGAAGUUUUGGAUGGCAAAGAGAGUUACCACAGCCGUGCUGAAACAGGCUGCAAGCAUUUCGUUACUCCGGAAAGUGUAAAAUAAUAAUAACCGCCCCGAGCACUACAUGUAGACCUUAUUCUGUUCGUCUAACUCAUAGUGCAGCAACGAGCCAUGCAGCCUAAUGAGCUUCGGCCUCGAUGAACAAGCGGCAUGACGGCGUGUUUCGUUCACCGCCAAAAAGUGUCCAGAAACGGACGGAUUCGUUUUUCUGCUGCGGUUUCAGGCACACAACGCCUUUAUCACUUCUUCCUGUGGCUUGACGCAGUUAUUAUUCAUGUGGCCCGACUUCCCUUCUCCCUUCGCUGAUCUUCCUGCUGAAGAGGCGUACAUGUACACGAUUCCCGUUGCGUGCUCGAAGAGCUUGUCCCGGAGCUCGUUGGCACUGUGUUUUAUGCUUUCACUUACCAGUGCCCCUGUUCCGCAACAGCUUCACGCUGUGAGGCUUUAGUGGAGGAAGCACGCGACCUUUCUUACGCGACGUUGUGGCUUUCUUGAGGCCGUUUCCUGUCAAGGGCGGCGCGGCGUGGUAACAGCGUAUUUUGAUCCUUCACCCGAGUUCUAGAUAUCGACCUACGCAAUAUUAGAUGUUCAAUAUCUCGAUGUUUGCUAGCGUUUUGAACCUUUUGGAGGUUUUCGGCCAUUGUGUCCCGCUCAUCGCGUGCCCCUUUUCCCGCAGAUUCACAGCUGCACGCUUUAGUGCCUGUUGGUUACGCAAACUUUGUCUAGAUACGGGCAGACGUGACCCAUAGAU